UAAACAUUGUUGCCUACGCGGAAUGGGUGCACUGUGGUUGAAAGCCGUCGGAUCAGUUUAAUUCCGAGACGCAGAUGUUGGACUACAUAAUUUUACCGGUCGUAUCGCCAGAUUUUUAAUUGAUAGUUAACUUGAUAAUGAUGAUUUAUAUAAGACGUUAUUUCAAUCCAUUUAUUAUUGCAGUUGCUGCUGAGUACUUAGUUCACGUAAGCUGUCAGACGGAUCACACAGCAUCACCACCAACGGAAGCAACAGGCCUACCCCAAUCGUUGUUACUGACGCUUAUCGGUGUAGUUAGCUUACUAUUGGGACUCGUUUGUCUGGGCAUAAUUGGCCUCAUUUGUUUUUAUUUCCGAAGGGUCAGUAAAGAAAAAAACUAUCCCUUGCCUCAAGACCGAAGUAAAAGUACUACCGAAGAGCAAGAGUUGUCAACUCGAGUCUUUUAUAUCAAACCACCAGUAAUCGGCAGUAGUAUGUAUGAUGUAUCUACAGUGGUAGAGAUAGUCAAAUCCAAGGGUGACACAACAGACAUGGCGGUAGCACCAGAAAGAUCAUUCGCAACGCUGGUAGAUAGGCCAGUUAUAGUGCAUCCAGAAAAACAAAGGAUUGAUGAUGACGUCACACUGGAUACCACUGAUGAAGAAACUAAAGUGCCGUACAUGGCAAACUACCAGCGAAGAUUCACUGACGUCACAUGUGAUGAUGACGCUACAUCGGCGAUGUAUGAAUCAACAAGUAAAGAUCGGGUCUUCGGUUCUCCAGUUGAUACACAUAAUCCGGAUCCGGACGGUGAUCCGGUUUUUGGAUCACCAGUUGAUAUACAUAAUCCUGAUCCAGAUGGUAGACAAAGUAUUUCUUAGGCUUUACCUUCUUGUCAAGUCUUGGUUAACUUAUAAUAUCGCUCAUUUUCUGAAAGGCAAACCAUUGGUGUAAAAUGCAUUAAACAACUUUAACCGAUUGGUUUAUCAUCAAUAGUUUGUGAAUUGUUUUCUGGUGAAAUCCGUGAGUGGACAAAGACAAAAAUAAACUUGACCUGGAUUUAUGCACCGGCAACGUAUGUUAGUAACGAACUGACACGUAAUCUGGAGGUCGCAGGUUCCAAUUCCCAUCGAGCCAAACUUUCUUUGUUAUGUUAACACAAUCGGCUUCCUUGUUAACAAAACACCAAGAAGGCCUAUAUCUAAAAAGGAAGCCGACUGAUGGGUAAAUUAUCAUAAAAUUCUUGGUAAAAAAAAAAGAGAGAUCAGAGUCAUCCAAAGAGUAUGGACACAGCUCUUUUGAAGCCCGUAAACAAAGUGUUUGUUCUCACAUACUGUAGUGUUAGUUGACAACGCUGAUGGUAAAACUUUACUCAACGUCUCUCUGCCAACACCCCUUUUUGUGGGCUAAUAUUUCACUUCGGUUUGGUAACUUCUCUUGUUAUUAAUAUACCCCAACCAAAAUGAGUUCAGAGAGGUAAUUGCUGGUUCAAAGUUUUACCCGUCUCCGUUGUAUAAUUCCACAUAUUAUAGAACUAAGAUCUAAAAAUAGAAUGUGGUGGUUGCAUUAAAUACAAACUAAAAAAAUAGACGAGUAGGCCUAAAACCGGUGCUUGUGUAAUAAUUAUAUUAAUAUGAUGUUUUAAUUUCCUGUUUUUUUCUCACUGUAUUAAAACAAAAAAAUUGUAUAUUUUA